CCCUUACCUUAAUUUAAUCAAAACAUAAACCUAGUACUCAUGAAACCACUCAAUUGUUUUCAAAUGACAUUAAUACUAGCAGCCCUUAUAAUCUCCUCAAUAAAUUUAGUUAAUGGUCAAAUUACUUCAUCAUGCACAUCCUCUAUGAUUAGCAGCACAUUCACUCCAUGUGCUAACAUCAUAACAGGAAGCACUAAUAAUGGUUUAGUACCAUCAACUACUUGUUGUGAUUCAUUAAGGUCUUUGAUGAGCACAAAUAUGGAUUGUGCUUGCCUUAUGAUGUCUUCCAAUGCUCAAAUUUUUCAACUACCUAUUAACCAAGUUCUUGCAAUAUCUCUUUCACAAGCAUGUAAUAUUAAUGGAGCUUCUGUUCAGUGCAAAGGCCCAACAGGUAUUGGAUCAAACAGCCCAACUCUCCCUUCAAGUGCUCCAACUCCCUUAAGUCCUCAAGAUUCAAAAACUUUGGAUGUUAAUAACGCACACAUAUAUGAGAAUCUGCAAUUGGCAGAGGCAUUGGUACCAUCAUCAGCACCAAUGGAAGCUGCAGAAGCACCCACUGAAGCAUCAAGAAUUAUACCAGUUUUGACUUCUCUUCCUUCAGCGUCUCCUCCGUCUUAUUAUUCCUUCUCACCUUCUGCAUUAUUCAAAAUCAUAGCAAUUGUAAUGGUUUCUGGCAUCAUCCAUUAAACUGUUGAUGUGCAUCAGCAUUCAUAGAUGCUCAUAGGAAUUUAUGCCUGCAACUGGUUGCUUUUUGUAUUAGUUUUUGUAUGCCUUCCGAGUUCUGAUUAUACACUCAUACACUUUAAUAAUGGUUAUAUAUGGACCGGUUACAGUUCAGUGAA